GCCAUAGAGGACGCAAUGGCCGCCGUCUUCUUCCGCUGUCAAGUCUACAUCUUGUCAGUUCUCUCGCCUUAUUGAAAUCGUCGAAAUCAAACAUCGAUUGAUAUGUGCGUGAGAUGUUAGAUUUCUAAAGUGCCGCGGCUAUCGACGCUCAUUUUAAAAGCUGCAGGGAAAUUAUUCGGCACGUCGACCUAACCUCCGGGGAUCGAGCUUCUCCGUCAUAAAUCGGACGAACGGCAUACUGAGCGAAAUCAGGUUAUGUGAAGCUUGUGUUGAUCCCACAGUGGCGAGAUAUUUUCAACGUCGUAACAACACCGUUCGUGAAAGAUGUCGAACAGAAACGACGGCAGAGGAGAUCCUGGCCCAAUACCGCAAAGGUGGUUGCACUGUCCUAGAAAGGCGGUGAAACUGAUACAGAACAAGUUUCUGGCCUUCAAAACGCCACUUUCGGGUCGUUUCGACGAACAGGUGCCGGAAGAAUGUCGUUUCUCCAUAGAUAUGCUAUUCGCUUCGCUUAGAAGCCAGAAAGUAAAGUUAGGUCUGUGGAUAGACCUGACUAACACCUCAAGAUUCUACGACAAACGUGAAGUCGAAGCAAACGGAUGUCGCUACCUGAAGCUUCCGUGCAGAGGACACGGCGAGACGCCAUCCGAGGAGCAAUCACAGACCUUUGCUCGGGUCUGCAAGAACUUUAUUGCCCACAACCCGCUCGAGAUUGUCGGUGUUCAUUGCACACACGGGUUCAAUAGAACCGGGUUCCUCAUAAUAAGCUAUCUAGUAGAAAAUGAUGGUACAAGCGUCGACGCUGGCCUCGCAGAAUUUGCCACUGCCCGACCCCCUGGUAUAUACAAGGGUGAUUAUAUCAGGGAGCUUUUCCGAAGGUACGACGACAUAGAGGAUGCUCCUUCGCCUCCCGCUCGCCCUGCAUGGUGCCUGGAGUACGACGACAGCGAAGGAGAAGACAGAGACGAGGGGCCGAGUGCUGAUUCUAACGCAAACAGCAAAGGGUCAGGAAAAAAACGGAAACGAGAGCACAAGCACAAAGAUCCAACAUUCAUGGCUGGCGUUCCUGGCGUUAGGCCACUUGCCGAGCAGCCAAAGUUGUCCGAAAUUCAGCAGAAAGUCCAGGAGAUGUGUGGCUGGGAAGCGUCAGGCUUCCCUGGAUCUCAGCCCGUCUCUAUGGACACUGAAAACAUCAAACUGCUCCAUUCUAAACCGUACAGAGUAUCUUGGAAGGCUGAUGGCACCAGGUACAUGAUGCUGAUACAAAGCAAUGGCGAGGUAUUCUUCGUCGACAGAGAUAACUCCAUCUUUCAAGUCGACGGACUUACUUUUCCGCACCACAGAGACAAUAACAGACUUCUCAGGGACACUCUUCUGGACGGAGAAAUGGUGAUCGACAGAGUCGACGGCAAGGAGUAUCCGAGGUAUCUCGCCUACGAUGUGGUUACUUACGACGACGCAGACGUCAGCAAGUUAUCCUUUUAUCCAGAUCGUUAUAACAUCAUAGAGAAGGAAAUAAUGGCUGGACGAUACAGGGCACUGACAGAAGGAAGACUACGCAGAGAGCGUGAACCUUUUUCCGUCAGGCUAAAGCAGUUUUGGGACGUGACACAGGCUCCGAGUUUGUUGAGCGAGAAAUUUGCCAAGCAGCUGGGCCACGAACCAGACGGACUUAUAUUUCAGCCAGCAAAGGAGCCCUACGUACCUGGACAAAGUCCGGAGGUUCUUAAGUGGAAGCCGUUAUCAAUGAAUUCUGUAGACUUUAAAUUGAAAAUCACAACCGAAUCGGGAGAGGGAAUUCUGCCCAGAAAAGUAGGCCAUCUGUUCGUCGGCGGAACAGACGUACCCUUCGCACUCAUGAAAGUUACUAAGUCAAUUAGAGAGAUGAAUAACAAGAUCAUAGAGUGCAAUUUUGAAAAUGGCCAAUGGGUAUUCAUGAGGGAGAGAACUGACAAGUCGUUUCCCAACUCCUACAAGACUGCUCAAGCCGUGUGUCAGAGCAUUCAAAAUCCAGUUACGACCGAACGCUUAUUCGACUUCAUAAAGAGGCAUAGGUUCCCUCAGGAUGAUGCAGAUCUAAUGCCUCCGCCGAACAAGAGACACAGAUGACAAAAUACUUAGGCACAUAUAAUACGUUAUUCGAAUUUGUUAUCUCGUAAACACUAGCGGGGAGAGGCGUAGUUUCUGGUGUUUCAUUUUUUUUUUUUUUUUGUUUGUUUGUUUCAACUGCGACUUUUUGUUGGCCAAAAUCUGGGCAAUUUUUUCUGCCAACUUUAAUCGAGGUUGAUAUUUGGCACCUUCACUUUCUGCUACCGUUAGUUAGCUAAUACAAAUAGACGGAUGAGUAAGGGUCAAGUUUGCGGAAAAAUUGCUCCUAAAAUUCAGUCCAUCUGAAUUGUUAGGAAUCUGGCUACUGUUGUUAGUGCACACUGCCACCUUGCCUUUGGCUUACGUCAGUGGUUUCACGUCUUUACCUAAUUGGUCUAAGGUUACACGCCAGAAACAUAUCAAAAAUAUGCCCGACCCUGGGACUGAUUAUGCUGUUUGUAUUAUUCGCUACCUACAUGAAUUUAACUGAUUGAUUAAAUAUUUUUAUGCGAUCAAAAACCGACAUAUCAUUGAUCGGAAAUUGCAAGAUUACAUUAACUUAAGAUUAUAUAACACGUCUCGAUAGCACGUCUGAACGAAAUGAUGUAUUUUUUCUUUUUUUUUUUUGGCAUCCCUGCAUUGUUUUACACAUAUUUUAGAAAAUCAGGCAGUAAAAAUCUGUAACAAAUAAGAUAUUCAGAAUCGUACCAAAUAAAUUUAUUGGUAGAGUGAUAUACACCUUAAUGCAUGGUUUUUUUCAAUCUUCUUUCUUCUACACUUAUGGGUAAUUGAAAUAAUUAGUUGAAUUCAUAUUGCUGACACUUUGGUUUUUAGUUAAAUCAAACGACGAUUUGACAGCGUCUAUUAUGCCAAUUAUACGCAAUUUAGAAUACGAAUUGUGAUCAUAUUGUAAGAUAUCCUUGUGUGUCUCAUACAACGUGUCCAUUCGUAUGUCUUCAUUGAUUUAUCUUUUCUCUUUCACCUCCUGAAGUAUGAAAUGACAGUGGUUUGCUUCGCGUUAUGUUUUCUAUUUUGAGCAUAACAAAGACGACCCGAAAUAAAAUUAAUUUGUGAAUGAAAUUUGGAAUUUCCCGCUUCGAUGUUUGCGGUUGAAUAUUCUGCCAAUUUAAAUAUCGUUUCGUAAAUCCAACAUGAUACCAGUUAAUAAUAGUGAUUGAAUCACACAUGUUAUUCUGUCCAAGCGGCGCAUGUAUUAUAUUAUAAUCUAAAAUAUAAAUAGACUAAUCAAUUAUGUAGCCAAGGGAUUUAUUAUUUUUUCAUCCUAUUGAAAUCAGUAGGCGAAUAUUGUUUUGUUCAUUAACAAGUACAAUAUAUCCAUUGAUACGUA